AUGUCUCACCGGACUUCCGCCACUUCCCUCCAUGUCUCCACCGCUCAUCCCUUUCCGAUCUCCAAAGAUUUCCAAGGCUCAGAGAAUCCUAUUCCACUCUCACCGCAGUGGCUUCUGCCAAAGCCAGGGGAGGGAAAACCUGGAGCAGGAACUGUGGAAAGCCAUGUCAUCUCAACUCCAUCACUUAGCAAUCGCUCAGAGAUUGUUAAGACAUCUGGAAAUGGAGAAGAUGUGCAUGACGACCAUAAGAGAAAGGAUGUCUUUAGGCCAUCCGUGCUUGAUUCUGAAAGUGGACGUCAUGACCGUUGGAGGGAUGAAGAGCGAGACACCAAGUCCUCCCUACGCCAGGAGCGAUGGAGGGAUGGAGACAAGGGCUUAGGUGAUGCUCGGAGAGUGGAGCGAUGGGCAGAUAAUCAAUCGGCAAGGAACUUUGGAGAAACACGUCGUAGUACAUCUGAUAGGUGGAAUGAUUCAGGUAAUAGAGAGAUGAAUUUUGAUCAGCGGCGUGAGAAUAGGUGGACCUCACGCUGGGGUCAUGAAGAGAAGGAGCCGGAAGUUCUUCAUGAAAAAAAGAACGACACUGGUAAAAUUUGUGAUCUGCACCUGGACAAAGGUUCGUCUCACAUUUCUAAUCCUGGUAAAGAGGAAAAGGAAGGGGAUCGUUUUUCACCGUGGAGAUCUAACUCUUUACAAAGGCGUGGAAGGAUAGAGCCUUCACAUCACCAAAAUGUGACACCCAGCAAACAAGUGCCUAUAUUUUCUUCUGGGCGGGGCCGUGGGGAUGAUACUCUUCCAGGGGCUAAUCACGGACGUGGCCGUGGGGAGGAUACACUUCCAGGGACUAAUCAAGGACGUGGCCGAUUUGGCUCUGGCGGGAGUCCUAUAAAUAGCUCCUACAUGCAUUCUCAAUACCCUCAUACUAUAAUGGAUAAAGUUGAAAGGGAACGUGGAGAAGCUCAUCCAUUUAGAUAUAGUAGGACUAAUAUACUUGAUGUGUACAGAGUGAUUGAUGUGCAUACAGCUGUAAAACUAGUGGAGGAUUUUGCACAGGUUCCUCCUUUUACUCAAGACGAACCAUUGGAGCCUUUAGCUCUCUGUGCACCAACUUCUGAGGAACUGACUGUCUUAAAGGGUAUUGACAAAGGGGAAAUAGUUAGUAGCAGUGCACCUCCGGUGCCAAAAGAUGGACGGAACUCAACAGAGUUUGCACAUUCAAGACAAAUGAAGCUUGGAAAUGCAGCUGUCCAAGAUAGAGGUGAAGAUGGAGGUUCUUUUAAAGUAGCUGAUGAGGUGCACAGUAACAGAGAGUCAGCCUUUGAAGAAAAUAGUCCUGUUCAUCCUGGUACUAGAUGGCGUGCCACAUCGCUGAAUGAACAAGCAAGUACUCUCAUGCCUGAUAACAAAGAUGUGCCUGGUGAUGUCAGUUCAAAAAACUCAGAAUUGAAGUGGUCACACCAGCCAAAAGAUUUUCGUACUCAGUGGGAAAAUAAUUUGGACUAUUUAUCUGACACCAGAGAUGUAGCUAAGUGGCAAUCUAACGAAGAUUCAAUUGUUAAAAGGCAACUAACUGGAUAUUUGGAUGGUGAACUGGAAAGCAGGAGAGUUCCGCAGACUUCUCCAGAGGAGUUAUCCCUUUUCUAUAAAGAUCCUCGGGGUCAAGUUCAAGGUCCAUUCAAAGGAGUUGAUAUUAUUGGAUGGCUUGAGGCUGGAUAUUUUGGUAUUGACUUGCUAGUUCGUCUAGAAAGUGCAGCAGCUGACUCGCCAUGGUUGCAACUUUGUGAUGUCAUGCCUCAUUUACGAGCUAAAGCCCGGCCACCACCUGGGUUCCCUGCAACAAAACUUGACACUACCGAGGCACCUGUUCCGCAAAGUACUAGUACCUUUGUGAAUAUUCGUACUGGGCCGAGUGAGGUUGAGAGGUUGAGAAAUAAUUCCAUGCAUAGAGUGGGUUCUGCCACUGAAGCUGAAAAUAGGUUUUUGGAGUCACUCAUGUCUGGUAGCAAGAGCAGUCCCCCACUUGAAAACGUGACAUCAUCACAAGGAAUACAAGGAUUUAUUGGAAGCAAUUCUGGUAAUUUGGGCUCGUCUGGAGUUGAUGGUGUAAACAACCCCUACUUGCUAGCUCAGAGGAUGGCACUUGAACGACAGAGGUCCUUACCAAAUCCUUAUCCAUACUGGCCAGGGAUUGAUGCAGCAUCCCUUCCGCCAAAAUCAGUUCCAGAUGCAUCACCACAUUCAAAGCUCAUGUCUUCAUUGAGUGACAAUUCUCGACAGUUUCAGUCCCAAAAUUCUGAGUUGAGCUCAGUUAUUCAAGGAUUAACUGACAGGGCAUCCACAGGCUUAAAUAAUAGUGUCACCGGCUGGUCAAAUUAUCCUCUGCAAGCUGGAUUGGAUCCCCUUCAGAAUAAUAUUGACUUGCAUCGUGAUCAAAAUUUUAUACCAUUUGGAAUUCAACAACAAACAUUUCAAGCACCAAACCAUUUGUCUUUAAAUAACUUAAGAGCUCAAACUGCAGAUAGCCCAUCUAAUGUUUUGGCAGCAGACAAGUUGUUUUCUUCUAGUUUGUACCAGGAUCCCCAGAUAAUGAAUAUGUUGCAACAGCAAUACUUGCUGCAGAUGCAUUCACAGGCAACUGCUCCUGCACAGCACAUGCCUUUAUUAGAUAAACUCCUAUUUUUGAAGCAGCAGGAGGAGCAACGACUGUUAAUGCACCAACAACAGCAAAUGCUUUCUAAUGUGUUGCAGGGGCAUCAGUCUCAACAACAAUUUGGCGGUUUAUCUUAUGGACAGUUGCAGGGUGGUGGAAUAGGAAUAGGGAAUUUGCAUGUGGAACCUUCUCAACGACAACCACCUAAUGAAAAUGUUCAUAUGAGUUCUCAGACACCAGUUUCUAGUGUGCAUGAUGAGCUUAGUGCCAAGUCUUUGAAUUUAUCUCAGCAAGAAAGCCAAGAUACUAGUUAUAAUAAAAGCGCUGAAUCCAUGCAGCUUCCUCAUCAAUUUUUUGGGAAUAUUAGUCAACAUAAAAGUUGGGACAUUGCUCUUCCUGAACAAAUUAAUGAAAACUACCAGAAGGAAACAUUGCCUGCAUCAGCUUCUGUUGAAAGUUUCCUGUUACAUGAGCAGAGUAGAACCACAGAAGAGCCUAAUAUCGCAGAUAAACCUUUAUCUGCUUCUGACUGUACUGUUAAAUAUGUGGAGCAGAUGUCAGAUAACAAUGGUAGCGCUGGUGGUAGUCUUGUGAAUGCAGUUUCCGAGUCUGAUGAGCAUUCCAAACCUGCGCAGUGUGUUGCACCUGUUAUUGUAGUGUCUUCGGCUGAAUCACUACUGGCAGGUCAGGUGGGUAUGGAUGUGUCUUCGGCUGCAUCACCACUGGCAGGUCAGGUGGGUACGGAUGUGGAGAUUAAACCAGACGAGCUAGGUGGAAGAGUCGUGUCAAAUGUUGAGCCAUCUGUGGUAGACGCAAGAGAUAUUGAAGUGCGUGAACCCAAAAAGGCUCCUGAGAAGAAAUCCAAGAAGCAAAAAUCUUCCAAAUCCCAAUCUUCUGGUCAAGCGAAAGGAUUGCUAAAAAAUGUAACUUUGCAGCAGUCGAAGAAUUCAGAAUCUGAAAAGCCAAAUUAUAGUGAAAUCAAUUUGAAGGAGGUCAAUAGGGAAGAAGAAGAUUAUGAAACACAUCUCAAACAAACAAGCGGCGAAGAUGGUGUAUCCAGAACUUCUAUCACAAAUGCAGUUCAUCAAGAAGUUAGUGACCUCCCUGCUAAUAUUCCAGAAAGCAUCACUGUAACAUUUGUUGAGAAUGACUCAAAGUCAUCUAGUCCUGUUGCCUCCCAGAAUACUGAAUUGCCUGCAGGGAGAGCUUGGAAGCCUGCUCCUGGUUUCAAGGCGAAGUCUUUAUUAGAAAUUCAACAGGAAGAGCAGAAAAAGGCACAAACCGAGUUGCCUGUAAUUGAGGUUGCUACUACCGUCAAUUCCCUCAGUGUGACUACUCCCUGGGUUGGAGUUGUGGCCAUUCCAGACUCUAUCAAGGUGUCCAGUCAAAAUCAUAAGGAAGCAAGCAACACUGAAAAUCUGGUAAAAACCAAAACUUCUCAACAUAGCAAGAGCAAGAAAAGUCCAUUACAUGAUCUAUUGGCAGAAGACAGAGAGAUUUUUAAUGGAAGAGAUGGCACAGGUCUAGACAGUAUAUCAUUCUCACAAUAUAUAGCUGCCCAAUCAGAACCAAUAGAUGAAGGAGACUUCAUUGAAGCUAAAGACACUAGAAGGAGCCGGAAAAAAUCUACAAAAUCAAAGGGUUCAGGGUCCAAGAUCUCAAAGCCAGUUGCUUCUAGUGAAUCACCAAUAAGUUCAAGUCCCAUUGAAAAGGGAAAAAGCUCCCGGUCUGUACAGCAGGAGAAAGAACAACUGCCUACCAUACCUUCAGGACCCUCUCUAGGAGAUUUCGUUCUUUGGAGGGGAGAGCCAACAAGCCCAUCUCCUUCUCCAGCUUGGACAUUUGAUUCUGGUAGGGUUCAUAAACCACUGUCAUUAAGAGACAUUCUAAAGGAACAGGAGAAAAAGUCUUCUGCAGGUCCCCCAAACCAAUUUCCUACAUCUCAGAAAUCACAGCAAGCCCAAACUGCUCAGAGUAGUGGUCCUUCACGGACAAUUUCAGCUCCAACUUCAUUAAAAGCUGUAUCUUCUAUCCAGAUAAACUCCGAGGCUUCUCAUUCAAAAUACAAAGGGGAUGAUGACAUGUUCUGGGGUCCAGUUGAGCAAUCUAAGCAAGAAACUAAACAAUCAAAUUUCCAUCAGCUUGCGAGCCAGGGGAGUUGGGGUUCCAAAAAUGUUCCCAUGAAAGGUAAUUCAUCUGGAUCAUUAAGCCACCAAAAAUCAGGGAGUAGCAAACCAACAGAGCGAUUGUUGUCAUCAUCACCCGCCUCUUCUCAAUCAUCGCAGAAAUUAAAAAAAGAUGCCAUGACUAGGAAUUCUGAAGCCAUGGACUUCAGAGUUUGGUGUGAAAAUGAAUGUGUGAGGCUUAUUGGGACAAAAGAUACAAGUUUCCUUGAAUUUUGCUCGAAGCAAUCAAAAUCUGAAGCAGAGAUGUUUCUGAAAGAAAAUCUUGGAUCAUAUGACCCUGAUCAUGAAUUCAUUGACAAAUUCCUCAAUUACAUGGAGUUACUACCUUCUGAAGUUUUGGAAACAGCUUUUCUGACACAGAAUGAUCGGAAAGUUACUGGAAGCGUAAUAUCUGGAAAUACAAAUUUACAGAAUCUGGCACAGGCAGAUGGUUCCCCCUCAAAAGUUGGAAAGAAAGGUAAGAAAGGGAAAAAGGUUAGCGCUGCAGUUUUGGGAUUUAAUGUCGUAAGUAACCGGAUAAUGAUGGGUGAGAUCCAGACAGUAGAAGACUGA